AUGGCGAAGGUGGCGGGCCUCUCCGAGGAGCUCCGCGCGUUGGACGCGGAGUUGCGCUCCUUGGGCGGCGGAGGUAACGCCGCGAUCGCGCCCGCCGCGGUUUACUGCAGCGUGUGCCCCGCGCCCGUGCGCUCCGCGACCGUGGGCGGUGCGAGUCGGCACACGGACGGAAGAAGAGGCGACGACGAGCCCGUGCCGGCGGUCGCGUUGCUGCCCGGCGGCGACGGCGUCGCCGUGAGGGACCCGAGCGACGAUACCUCGCAGGAGCCCCGGCGGUACAGGAUGACCGCCGCGUCCGACUCGGGCGACGCUCCGGACGAGCUCGCUCGCGACGUGUGCGACUGGCUCAUGCGGGGCUUCGACGCGCUGGUGGUGACGCACGGACAAUCGGGCACGGGCAAGUCGCACGUGACCUUCGGCGGCGGCGGCAUGGGCGUCCACCCGUCGCCAACCGGCGGCUUCGACAAACCCGGCGUCAUCACCAGGCUCUUCCGCCUGGUGUUCACGCGGGCGGCGAGGGAGGAGGCGGCGUGGAGACUCGCGGAAGAUGCCAGGAUGCACGCGGGUGCACCGGAGUCAAUCGCCGACGAGGUUCGACACAGGUUCGGCGUAUCGUGCUGGGAGAUGUCCCCGGACGGCCGCGUCGUGGAUCUCCUCGACCCGACCGGCGACGCCCGUGGCCUCGCGCUGGCGUCCAGCGCGAGCGGGCUCGGCGACAGGUACGGCGAUAUCCCGAGCGGCGGCGGCGGGGAAUCGAAUCGCGGAACCUCAUCGUUUGAAUCGUUUCGAGCGUGCGCCGUGGAGGUAUCCACCGCGGAGGAGGCCGAGGCGGUCCUCGCGCACAGCCGCCGAGCGUCCGCUAACUGGACGCUGCCGCGGAUGCGUGCGACGGCGGCAUCUGACGGGUCCCGUGACGGUCCCGGUAACGGUCUGUCCGUCGCGCCGGGACCGUGGGCGGGCGCGGCGGCUCGAGUGCGAUCGAACAGGUCGCACGCGUUCGUGCGCCUGACGGUGGUGAGGGAGCCGGAAGGGGUGGUGAGCGAGUGCCACGUGUGCGACCUCGUGGGUGCCAGGGCGCUCGGGUUGGCGGAGCUGCACGACGGUUCGUCCGACAGGUCGAGCGUCGAGGGCGACCGCGACAGGCGAGGCGCCGCCAGGCAGUUGCUGGCUUUCUCCAGGGUGGUCGACGAGCUCUCCAGACGGGCGCCCAAAGACGGCCCGGACUCCUCGGAGGGCGCCAGGGAGUCCAUCACCGCGCGAGCCGUGCGCGGGGCGCGGGAUUCGCGGCUCACUCAAACCCUCGCGCCCCUCAUGGCGUCGGGCGCGAGGACCUUCAUGCUGUGCACGGUGUCGCCCCUGCCCGACGACCACCUGGACACGCUCAACACCCUGCGAGUCGCGCAGAGAUGCGCGAGGAUCGACGCCGCGUGCGUUCGCAGAGUCCUCGCUCCGGAGCACAGAAGGGCGCUGCGGUCGAGGUUCACCACCCUUCGCGAGGCGGUCGCGAGGGCCGACGCGGUCGCGGACGCCGCGCUGGUAUCCGCCGCGAACGCGGGGGUGGUGUCGACGACGGAGGCGCUGGCGAGAGCGGCGGAGCGAGCGGAGUGGGGCGACGUCGUUUCGGAUCCGCCGGGUGCUGGCGUCGUUUCGGAUCCGCCGGGUGCUGGCGACGUUUCGGAUCCGCCGGGUGCUCGCGAGCCCCUCCUGAGCCCGAUCAAGGCUGCGAGGAUACCCGCGGGCCUGAUGCCCGGUCGCACGCCUCCGAGGACGCGACCGUCGAACCUCAUGCGGGAAUUCAUGGAGGACGUGCCCGAGUCGUUUCGACCGGCGGACGAGUCGGUGACGACGUCGUCGAUCGAUCGCGACGGGGACGGGGACGACGGGCGGGGGGAGUCCUCGGCGGAGCUCGGCGCCAGACUCGCCGCGCUGAAAGACGAGUUCACCGCGAUGUACGCCGCCGUCGACCACGGCCGUCGCGAAGGGGCGGUGAAUGUCGCGGCUACAGGGGGCGAAGAUCAAACGCGAGCCCGGCGCGAGGGAACGGGGCGCGCGCCGGACGACGCGCAGAGGGACGAGCGCAGGCUGAGGCGGACCCCGCCGACGAGCCCGGGAAAAUACGUCGGCAAUCGCCGCGUGAGGUGGCCCGACGAUUCAGACGCCAAAGACGCCCACGACCGUUACUUUGACGAGAAAGAGAACGUCCCGAUCGCGGCGGAGGACCCCAAGCCGCGCCCGCCGCCGCCCAGCCGCGGUCCGAUACCCACGAACCCCGAGGCUCUGCGUUUGGAGGUUGAGGAGCAGCGGCGGCGGUACGACGCUUUGCUGGGUAUGUUGCACGCCGAGGAGUCGGCUCGUUUAAAGGCGGAAGAAAAAGCCGCCGCCGUGGCGCACGACGCCGCCGAACGCGUGGUGGCCGCCGAGGCUGCCGCCGCGGACGCCGCGCGCUCGAGCGUGGAGGCGAAGGCUCGCGUCCGCGCCAUGGAGGACGGCACCGAUUACGCCGAGAUUUUCGCCCGGUACGAGAUGGACAUCGACGCCCUGGACCGCGAGUGCGCCAGGCUGCGGGAGGAGGCGUUCUUGGCGCACGUGGCCACGCAAGGGGACGUGGACACGGGCGGUGACGAGGCGUCGCGCGUUCUCAACGCCAGCGCGGACGUCCAGAGGCGCGUCGGGGCGCUGAAACGCGCGCUGCGAAAGAGCGAAGAGAGGGUGGACGAGCUCGAGCGAACUUUGUCGGAGCUCCGGCGGCGCGAGCGGCUGAUGGACCUGCACUCCAGGCAGCACGACGACCAGAUCCGUCGCCUCCAGGCGCACGAGCGGCAGAUCGUCGCGCUGCGAGCGGAGCUCCAGCGCUCGCAGCUCUCCGCGGCGAGGAGCGAGGCCAGGCGCGAGGAAUCGCAGAGGGACGCCGCGCUCGCUCGAGCGAGGGAGAGCGGGUUGCGGGAAGAUAACGCGCAGCUCGCCGCCGAGGUGGAGCGCCGCGGGCGCAAGAUGCGCGCGUACGAGAACCGGGUGGACGAGCUCGAGCAGGCCAGGCGCGUGGGCAGGCCGGGGGGUACUAAAACGACGAUAAACUCCGCCGCGAGCGACUUCGCGACGCGAGGCGACUACGACGCGAUCCAGUCGGAGCUCGAACUCCGCGACGUCGCCUCGCAGCUGAGACGCGCCGUGCCCCCCGGGGCGUCCGCCAGGGCGGACAGGCUGUUCGACGCGCUGUACGGCGAGCUGGACACGCUGCUGAGAGGGACGCGGGGAGACGAGGGUAACCUAGGGGGCGCCGAGGGGUACGCGGGUACGGACGGCGGGCGGCGGGAGCCGUGGCGCGAUUACCUCGACCCGAGGGCGUCUUCGUACGGCGGAGAUGGGAGAGAUCGAUCGUCGUCCGGAAGCCGUCCGGAAGCCGUCCGGAAGCCGUCGAGCCCGAGCCCCGAGCGGCUGAACCGCGCGAUGGCGGCGCACGUCGAGCGCAUGGCGCGCUCCAGGUCACCGGCGACCUCGCCGCGACGGGAGGAAGGCCGGCCAACGGGAGGGGAACCUCGCGGGCGAUCUCGCACGCCCCCGAGGGUCGUCCCCAAGCGUCUCACCCUCGCGCGUAAAGGCGCCGAUCGGACGCCGAGCGGACGCCACCACGACGACGACGACCCGCUCGCGCUCGCCGCGGAGGAGGCGGCCGGACGCGGGUACGGACACGGACACGGACACGGACACGGCGGCUCGGGGGGUGCCCACUCGAGCCGACGACGCGUCGCCCACCGUUCGCCGUCGCCGUCCCCGUCGCCUCCCGUUUCGCCCCGCGCCGGUUCGCUUCCCGACUACUCGUCCGUGCCCGGCGGGUACGUCCCCGGGCAGCACAGCGCGGCGAGGGCCGCCGCGAGGGCGGGUUUAGGGGGCGUGACGCCUUCCGCGUCGCCGCGAGCGAUGGCGAAGACGCGAGGUUCUCUCGACGCGGACGCGGUCCGCGCGCUCGAGGCGGCGGCGCGCUCGCGAUCGCCCGAAGAGGGAGGGACCCCCGGCGCGACGUCGCCGAGGCGAACGGACGGGCUCUCGCGAGGGGGCUGGCAGUCGGGGCCCCUGGCGCCUCCCCCCACGGAUGAUCGCGCAAAUCGCCACGUGUUGGAUUCGUACGCGUCGAUGCUCCAGUCUCCGGGGACGUACGAGACUGGGGCGCCGCCGUCGUCGCUGGCGAGGUCGCCGCCGGGAUCUCCCAGGCCGUUCUAUCCCAGCGGGCCGACGCCGCAUCCCGACGGCGGGUUCCGUUAG